AACCCGAGUAAAAAAACCCCUCCGGCUCGCACGAGCAGCCCAAAAGAAGAGAGAGAAAAGCUAGAGAGGGAAAGGAGAGGUGGGCGAGAGAAGGGAGAAGGGAGAGGGAGAGGAGGGAGACCUCCACUACUCACAGGGAAAGCACUGAGCUCGAGGGACGCGUGAGCGUGACGACGGUGGGGCCGCCUCGCGUCGCCCCGCCGCGCGCCGUCGAGAUCUAGGGUUCCGGCGGGAGGAGCCAUGGCGAGCCCGCGGUCGGCCGGUGGGGUCGGAGGAGGAGGAGGUGGUGGUGGCGGCGCCGCCGCCGGGGAUGAGGCGAUCUGGAGUAAGCUCCGGGAGGCCGGGUUCGACGAGGAGUCCCUCAAGCGCCGCGACAAGGCGGCGCUCAUUGCCUACAUCUCCAGGCUCGAGUCCGAGGUUUAUCAAUACCAGCACAAUCUUGGCCUUGUUUUGAUGGAGCGCAAGGAACUGACAUCCAAGUAUGAGCAACUGAGAGCUGCUUCAGAGACUGCUGAGAUUAUGCACAAGCGUGAACGUGCGGCCCAGCAGUCAGCUUUAGCUGAAGCAAGGAAGCGGGAUGAAAACCUAAAAAAGAGUUUGGGCAUUCAGAAGGAAUGUGUUGCUAAUCUUGAAAAGGCACUGCAUGAUAUUCGUGGGGAAACAGCUGAAUUGAAAGUUUCAUAUGAAUCGAAAUUGGCUGAAGCUCUUCAAUUGAUGGAGAGUGCACAUAAAAAAUUUGAUGAGGCAGAAGAGAAGCUUCUUGUAGCAAAGUCUCUGGAGGCGGAAUCCGUACAGUCUCGUAAUGCAGCGCUAAGAAGUUUACUUGACAUUGAUGAUCGUGAAGAUCAGCUUAGAAGAGAUCGCAUUUCUUGUGAACUUGAGAAUGAAGCCAAAGAGAAGGAAAUUAGCCUCCAGAGGAAAUCGUUGGAUGAUAUGAAGAAGAUUUUGCAUGAAAAGGAGGAAGUAUUACUGAAAGAACAAGCCCUACUCGGUCAGAGAGAUGAGAACAUCCUUGAGAGAUUAGCUUACGUUACUCACUCAGAGAAAAGGGUGGAAGAGGAAAGUAAUAUUCUUGAAGCUGAACGGAAGGUUUUGUUAGAGGAGAAAAAUAAAUUGGACCUGAAAAUAGAGGCGAUUUUUUCAAGGGAGGAAGCUCUGAUUCAGAAGGAAUCCCUGCUCGACAAAAGGGAGAGUGAAUUAUUGAUUUUGCAAGAAACAAUUGCAUGUAAAGAACGGGUUGAGAUUGAAAGGUUGAACCAGGAACAAGAAAUAGCCUUGGAGAGGAGAAAGCAAGAAUUUGAAUCUGAGAUGGCAAAUAAACAAAUGUCUUUUGACACAGAAAUGGAGGCAAAAAGAAGAGCGCUGGAUGAGAGAGAACAAGCUCUCAGUGAGCAGGAGUCUGCAGUUGCAGAAAGAUUCAAGAGUGUUGAUCUUCAGCUUGCGGAGUUAACAAGCAAGGAAAAUACGUUGGCAGGGAAAUCAGAUGAGUUGAAAGAGGAAGAGGAAAAGCUCUUUCUACAUAGAGAGGCUAUACAUAAUGAACUUCAAAAAGAAAGGGAAGAAAUACAGAAGAUGAAAUCAGAUUUGGAGAAAGAAAAGGUUUUCUUUGAAGAGGGGAAACGGGAAGCAAUUCAAGCCCAACAAGAUCUAGCAAUCACACAAGCAGAUAGAGAUGAGUUGCUUACUCUGCAGAUGAAACUUAAAGAAGAAAUUGACAACCUCAGAGUCCAAAAAAGGGAACUCAUGGCUGAUGCUGAUAGGCUGCAAGCAGAAAAAGAAAGGUUUGAGAUUGAAUGGGAACUGAUUGAUGAAAAGAAUGAGGAGCUACAAAAGGAAGCAAUCAGAAUUGCUGAAGAACGAAGAGCAAUAACCGAGUAUCUCAAGAAUGAAUCUGAUAUCAUCAAACAGGAGAAGGAUAAUCUGCGUGCUCUGUUCAAAAAUAAUUCAGAAACACUCUCUCGUGAACAUAAAGAGUUCAUGAGUAAGAUGCAGCAAGAGCAUGCGAGUUGGUUGAGUAAGAUUCAACAAGAAAGGGAAGAUCUUAAGAGAGACAUCGAUAUCCAGAGGAUGGAAUUGCUGAAUUCUGCCAAGGCAAGGCAGAUGGAAAUAGAUUCUCAUUUGAGGGAAAGGGAGGAAGAGUUUGAGCAGAAAAAGGCCAAGGAACUUGAGCAAAUCAAUUCACAGAAGGAGAUGAUCAACACAAAAUUGGAGCAUGUUGCAAUUGAAUUACAAAAACUUGAGGAUGAGAGGAAAGAAGCUACUUUGGAGCGGGAGAGGAGGGAGCAAGAGCUGUCUGAGAUAAAAAGCACUAUUGAAGCCCUAAAUAAUCAACGAGAGAAGCUGCAAGAGCAAAGAAAAUUGUUACAUUCAGAUCGAGAAGCAAUUACAGAGCAAAUUCAACAACUUAACGUGUUGGAAGAAUUGAAAAUUGAUUCUGAGAAUAAGCAACUAUCUUUGAUUGAAUAUAACAAGUCAAAGCUUGGUAGCAACAUAAAGGUGAUAGACUUUGCUCAGGAUUCUUCACAAAAGCACCAUUCUUCACAAAAGCAGCUUGUUGGAAGAAAACUAGAGUUGUCACCAGCAGUAUCAACACCGAUUUCUUGGGUUCGUAAAUGUGCUCAGGUGAUAUUCAAACGAUCUCCUGAGAAGAGUGCUGCUUGUGUUGAAUUUGAUCAGUUAGGAAAUGGUGCUGGAGAGCUAGCUCAUGCUAUUAACAGCGCAAAAGUUGGCCAAAAGAGGCUUAAUCAUUUGGUUUCUUGUGAUCAAACUGAAGUUUUAGAGCCAAAACGAAAGCACCGAAGGAGCACUAUACAGAAAGUUAAUGGAGGGGAGAUCACUUCCAACUGUCCAUCAGCCCUGGAAGAGAAGUUCUCGAAGAAUGAACAUGAUGAAGCCCCACUUGGUUUAUCGGGCACCUGCAAGGAAUAUGGCGAUAAAGGGCCAGAGAACCUUACAACACCAGGAGACCCAGCUUCAUCUGAUGACGCUCCUUACGUGAAUGGGAUAGUGGAUAAUUCCGAUUCUGUUGAGGAUGAGGAACCUUCGGUGGACGCUACAGUGUCUGCAACUGAACCAUCUAUUGUAGAUGGGCCUGAGGACAACGAUGACUCUGACGAUGAAGAGGAAGAGGAAGAGAAAACAUCGUCAGCGAAGAAGCUGUGGCGUUUCCUAAUAACUUGAUGGAUUAUUUUCACCUGUGAUAGAUAAUACAGAGCUAACUGUAGGCUGACAGUUACCUCUCUUAUAAAGAUAUCACUGUAGCUGUACUGCUUUUAGCAUUUGCCCCCUCUCGGGUUGAAAGGGGGAAGCUUGUGUCUACUUAAUGUGCAUGUGGUGUUGCUGAGCAGCGGCAGUUUUGGAAGCCGUUGAAGAAUCCCCCCACUGUGUUUUUUUCAAUUUUCUUGGCCCUAUGGCUUCUUCGACGUGUAAUUUGUAAAGUGGUUGUGAACAAAAAUGAAGCACUGUGAUGCUCGCGUGGUUAGCAUCGCUUGGCUAUUGUGCGAAGUGGAAGCAAAGUUAACGUAGAUUAUUUGCUAUUCGUUUAAA